UACCUGGAAGUUCUUAAUGACGUUCCGGUGACUGGUUCGAUCCUGACCAAGAACCGGCUGACGGGAGAUGUGGCUUACGCGACAGAUCAGGACUGUGAACGCACUCUGCGGUAUCCUGUAGGAGGUUCGGUUCUGUUCACGUUCAAGUACUUCGACAUGGAGUGGACUAAUAUCAUCAGUGAUCAGGGGACAGGCGAUGAACACUGCAAAUAUGACUACUUUUCCAUCAAUGGGUACAAGUACUGUGGGUACAUUCCCGAGAAGACAGUCUGCAUCUACAAUGGGGAGGAUGGGGAUGAAGUGCCCCUCCAUUUCUACAGUGACGACUACAUGGGUCCAAAUGGGCUUUAUACGGAGAGAUUCAGAGGACUGGAGAUCAACUUCGAAACAUACAUUGACAACCAAUGUACAUGUACUGCAAGUGUUUCUGGAUCCCCAGAGCCCUGCAUUUUCCCCUUCAAACACCAGAACAAGACAUACUUCACCUGCUCAGUGGAUUCCCCCAGUGACUCAUUCUCUGCUGUCUCCACCCCCUACUGUGCCACAGCUGUGGAUGGGAAUUCUGAGAUGACAGCUGCUGGAACUUGUACUGACACAACUGCAUGUUUUCCCAAGUGUUAUGCGGUGUCGGGACGCGAGUGCUCCUUCCCAGUCAUGGACGACGCUGGUUUCGAGUACAGUUCGUGCCGCUAUGAUGAGGGUGAAGAACUGAUGAUGUGUCCCGUGUUACAAGGAAGGAGCUACGGAGUCCAGAAAAUUGAUGUAGAUCAGGCCAAAAAACAAGAAUGUGAAGUUACUAGUGGAUGCUCAUUCGUUCUGAUGUGUAACCAGCUCGCUUUGCCUCUGAAAAAUGGACUAUACUUUUCACACGUGGGCUACAACAACCUCAAUCCUUAUCCCGAAGACUACACAUGCUCAUCAUCCGCUACCACACAGGAAUCCAUGAGCUAUUACGUCACAAUCCACAAUCUGCAAAUCCGAUGCGAUCUACAAGACUACUUCCGAGUAUCCAGCCAAUCAGCUUCAAGUACGGACUUCCGACUUUGUGGCAACUACGAAAACAUGCCUUUUUCCACAAUCUCGUUCUGUGUGAUGAAACCUUUGAGCACAGAAGUGGACUUGUAUUUGAAUUUGGAAUUAGUCAGCGGACCAGGCGAGAAGGGCGGUUACUCUGGACUCUACGUGGAGUUUUUUGCCACCAACGACGAAGUGUUGUGCCCCCCGUUUGAGGACUCGACUCAGAACGAAGCGUGCGACAAUACAAACGGAUUUGAAAUCACCUCGCCAACCGACAUUUUGAGCUACAACUUCCCCCACAUCUACCCGACUGGUCUGUCCUGCAGAUGGACCAUCUCCCCCGAUUCCAACAACCCCACCCUGUUCCCCGUUCUGCAGAUGGUGCAGAUGGAUUUGGGCGUCACCUCUGAAAUACUGGAAGAGCAGGAGAAUGAUACGAUUGUGAUUGGCGACGGACAACAAAAUGAUGUGAAUUGGACUAUGUUGACCUCUGCGGAUGAGUCAUCGAUACCCUUCGUGUUCACAGACAGAACUGGCACUGUGGACUUCACAUCUGGCUACUACUACAACUUACACACCAACUUCAAACUCUCAAUCUCUUAUCUGGAUGUGAGCAACAACUCACAGAUAUUCGAAAAUGCUGGUCUGUGUCUGAGCGUGGACAAGACAGCCAUCUGUCAUUUCCCCUUCAGUGAGGGGGGACAGGAGUACAACUCCUGUUGGCGACUGGGGGGUGACACCGAAGCUUCCUGCAAGACAGUGGAGGGCACUAAGAUAUUCUGCGACAUGAGCAACGUCAGAUGUGUACCCCCAUUUCCCACUUUCAAUUCGAACACCCAAGUCAUCUCGCCCGUAGACGCCACUCCUGGCUCCUUCAACGUCUUCUGGGAGUUGUCCAGUGCCAACUGGGACACAGUCACUAUAUUGCUCAAUGGACAAGAAAUGGGAUCCACAAGAAAUGAGAAUAACUUUGUGCUGACUGAUUUGGCCACGGACACUCUCUAUGUGGUGCAGCUGUUUAUCAACUCCUUCGGCCGAAGGGAUCCCGAAUUCUACUCGAUGGAGUUCCUCACUUCCGCGGGCGUUGUACAGGGUAUCUAUCUUCUGGACAGAAGCAACGAAAGUCUUCGCUUCGCAUGGGACCCUGUCCCAGACGCCGACAGUUACACUAUCAAUGCUGUCCCCUGGGCUUUCAAUGAAGUUGCAGCCCGAUUGGUUGACACAGAUUCCCUGGAUAACAUAACCGAGUUGACGACUCAAAAUGCCGUGAAUUUGACGGGACUGAACGCAGGAUUGGCAUAUAAUGUCACAAUUGUAGCCAAUCCGGUCGCAGUGGAGAUAUUCGCAAUUGGUUUCACUGAACCCAACGGUUUUUCCGUGGAGAAUAACGAGCUAUCUGUCAGUGUUGAAAAUGGAAACUUCAUCCUAAACGGGAUUAUGCUAAAUGACACAACCUGCCAAUCGAUAGAAGUGAAAGUGCAACGAGCAAUUCAAUACGUACAUGAAUCGGAUCGGAGAAGAUCUCGUCGCAACAUAGAUGAAUUUAAAAACUUCGACAAUGAAGAAGUUCUUGUUGCUGUUUUUGAACUCUCAAAUGUGAUCAUCAACAGUGAGAAUAACCAGUUCCAGAAUAUGGAUCUGGGCGUGGCUGAGCCUGGCACUUGGUACCUGUUUGUAGUGCAAGGGUUCAAUGUCCUCCCAGGGGUUGGAGUGCCACUCGAGAUGAUUACAGAUCCUGACCCGGUGACUAAUUUGAGGCUGAUUGAGCGUGGCACUGACAGUCUGACAUUCACGUGGGAUCCCCCCUCUCAGGGACAGUAUAACUUCUUCCGGGUGCAAUUCACUCAGGGAGAUUCGCUCUUAACAGAUGAGACGAGCGAUUCGGUUCUGAACAGGACUGGUUUGACCCCCGGGGUUGUCUACAAAGUGAGUGUGACCACAAUAUCCUACCAAGAAUCCGCUUCACAGACAGUGGAACUAACUGAGGAAACAGUUCCCCUACCUGUGUUGACCUUCGGUGCUCUCGGAGACCAUUCAACAGAGGAUGAAGACCCCCGAGUUAUCUCCUUCAACUUCCAGCCGCCGAACCCCGACCGCAUCGGGUGGUCUGGAUUCCGACUGUACACCUGGGAACUGUACUAUAACGGGACCCGGAACUUUGAUCUAACAAAUGUUACACUCACACCUGAGUUUCCGGCCAAUGUGUCGUCGGGUACUGAUGACUUUCCGGUGACGUACAUGAAGUACGGGACACUCUAUGAGGCGGACGUGGUCACGUUGUCGGAAAACGGAGAUCUAGAGAGCGAGCCGACAUCGUACAAAAUCAUAACUGAGCCAAAGUCGCUGGAGUCAUUUACGAUUGCAUACUUGGACGACCAGAUUCUGCGGGCCAACUGGAGUCUAGACAGACACGACAACAACUUCAACGGGUUCCUGGUUCAAGUGUACAACAACGACACUGAUGAACUCCUUGCCAACGAAACCUUCGAAAUUGGCGGACAGGCUUCCUCGGGAACAUUUGAGCUGGACAUCAGUAGCUUAGAUUCCAUCUCGGAGUUCAGAGUGCAGGUGAUCACAGAGGUCGAAUACCCCGAUGUCUCACUCACUGCAGACUCCGAUCCUGCACAGUUCUUCAUCACACCAGAUCUGCCUGAGAUCGUGGACUAUAACGCUACUCUGACUAAAAUCACAGCAUACAUUAAUGUGUCUGCAUUCGGAGACGAGUCUACCUUCCUCGCCAAUCUGAAGAAAGCGUCAACUGGUGAAUCUCUGGUAAACAUCUCAGUGAAUGCAGCCGACUGCACAGAUUACCCCAGCAGAUGUCCCGUGACCUUUAUUGACCUUGACCCGGGCACAGACUAUACUGCCACUGUGUAUGUAGUGUCCACUCCCAGCCCAUACAAGAUGUCAUUCACUGGGGACCUGUUUUCCACUGCUUCUCUGCCAGAUGACUUCAUCAGCACUUCUCACAAUGCCUCCUCCUACAUGAUGAGGGUGAACUUCGAGAACCUCCCUUUUGGAGACACGGAUGAGAUAGUACAGUAUACUGUUGUCAUGGCAGAGAAGUCGGGGGGCUCUAACUUCAAGGCCGACAACGCCGUCAACACUAUGUACUGGUCCAACUACAUCGACACUGAGGAUCCCUACCAAGUUCUCCCCCUUGAAAACUACCCAAUGACCUUCAACAUCGAGCAAACUGACCAGUCCUGGUUCGUGGACAUAGGCGUGGACAUAUGUGACCCCGAUGUGUCCAUCCGCCAAGUGUGUAAUGGCCCUCUCAUGUCCAUGACUGAGUACUCUCUUUGGGUUGCAGGGGUCACUGCAACGGGUCAUGCUAUUCUGAGUGUGAAAAUUGGCGGGCUAACUACUAUUGCUGAUGGAAUUUCGGAGCCGGCGAUUGUGAACAAGAGUCUGACUGCAUUCACUGCUGUGUUCGAUCCAGUUCUCCCAGAAGACGCCACUUACACAGUCCAGGCGAUUAAUACUCUGACUGGCGAGAUUUCCUUUUCUAACAUCCAAGGGUCCUCCUGCAGUCCCAACUGCUCGGUGGAGUUGACUGGCCUGCAGCCAGCCACCGAUUAUGACGUCAUCAUCACCCCCUUCUACUCGGGGGUGGAGAGACGGUCGGAGACUGUAGUGGUGUCAUCCAGUCUUCUGCCGGACGGGGUGGUGGUGGCGCCGGAGUUCAACAUCGAGAACCCCUCCUCCUCGUUCAAAGUGACAGUGAGCGGACUGCCGUUCGGAGAGGACGAGUUCGUGUCCUCCUACCUGGUCAUAGUGGCCUCGGAGGACCAUCCUACUGAUGAGUUAAACAAUACUCUCCCAACCACGACGUACGCAGAAGCGGGUAUCGAUCCGGAUAAUCAGACGACGUCUAUUCCGCCCUACUUGCCGUGGGGUAACCAGACUUACCCUCCUGAAAACACAGUAGACGACACUUUCUCCCUCGUCAUCGGAUCCGAAGGUUGUAAUGGCACUGAGACUGGGUUCUGCAACGGACCCCUGCCACGGAACUCGAACUUCAAGAUAUGGCUGGCAACUUAUCCCGAGGGCAACGCAGAUGCCAUAGUCAGAGGGCCAUACACUGGUUUCUCCACUUUUCCUGCGACUGUGUCUGGACUCACUGUUAUCUCGUCCACUUUGACCAGUGUGACCUUCGCUUUUCCGGUGCUAGAAAACGAAGUCACUUCUGCCACAGAUGGUAUUUUAAUUGAGAUUUACCCGGCUGGAGAUGCGAACAACCCGAUCACAACCUAUACCAAUUUGACUGGCGACAACCCCCUUUGCCCGCAGGCCGCCUUUCUCAACUACUGCUUGCUAACUUUCGCAGGUUUGGAUCCUCGAACUAAUUACACAGUCGAGUGUGUGUUCAAUAAGACUGACAGCGAUGAAACUCAGAGAAGAGAUUUCACGACUGAGGUGUUGCCGAAUAUUACGGUGACUCAUUCGACCGAAGAUCUCGAUGACCCCUACACUACUCUGAAGAUAUUGGUGGAUGGGCUUCCGUUUGGCCUGGACACUAGUAUUACACAGUACAAAAUACUGGUAUCGGCUGUGAAUGAAACAGACACGAUGGAAAAUCCAGAGACUUGGGCUGUCGUGAGUGUUAAUGAUUCAUGGACUGCAUACACGCCCUUUGAGACCAAGUCAUACUCCACCCUCAAGUCCGACUCAUAUGAGGGCCAGUGGGAGUUCCUAUUGGGGGAGGAGUCUUCCUGUCCGUCCUCUGGGGCCUGCAAUGGACCCCUUCACCCUGGAACUGAGUAUGCAAUCAAAAUAGUGGGGGUGACGCAAACAGGACACGAGAUCACAACUGGCAUUUUCCAGACAUUUUCCACUUUGCCAAUUGAGGUGGAGUUCGUGGUGGAAGCCACUCUGGUUCAGAUUGUGUCCAACUUCUCCCUUCUUGAUUCGAAUCAAAUCACUUAUAGGAUUGAGAUUUCCUCUCUGCCUUUGGAAGACAGUGGCCGGCACGACACCCAGCCCCUCACUCUGGAGUCGUGUGGGGGAAGCUCCUCGCAGUGGUGUGUCUGGAUGUCGAGAGAGACCCUCCCCUCUCCUCCAGACUUCCAGGUGUGUCUGUUUGUGGAGUACGCCAACUACAACAAAGAACCAUACCAAUGCCAGACUGUGUCCAUACCCACUCCUUCGGAAAAGUAUUCGGAGUUUAAAGUCACAACCAGCCAGGACAUUGUGAACCCAUACACUGAAGUGCUGCUCGAGAUCACUGGCCUCCCCUUCGGAGUGGACUCCUCCAUUUUAUUUUACAACCAUUUGUUGUGCGGGACAACUCACCACGCAUAAAUAAUUCGCGUAACGCUUUCAGUAUCAUGGAUUAAAUCUACAAAGUGCGCAUAAGUUAGUCAAUAGCCUGGCCAAAUAGGCUAUUUUUAAACUCCCA